CUUCUUUAAACAUGUCAUAUUUUAAUCCUUCUGUUCAAAACGAAUACUCUUCAGCCUUUCCACCGCUACCUUGGACCUUUGCAAACAAAUCACAUAUACCAGUAACAACAGCAUCAACCACAACCACAACAACAGUAACAUCUCCAACCGUCUGUUUCUUUACUCCGCCUAAAUAUCCAUCUUACCUUAAACAUACUAGCUACGCCAAUUUAGUCCUAGGGCAAUAUCAUGACAGAAAAGCAAAGAACCCCCUUGCUUUAGAUAUUGACCUGUCUUUACCCCAGUUCUGGCAAAAAGAUGUGAAAUCACGACAUGCUGAAAUCGGAAGCAAUGGAUAUGAUUUAACUUUUACAGGUUUGUUAUGCAACUACUUUCGUGGGAAAACUAUUGUUUACUUUUCUUUAUUUUGAUGGGCGUUAGGACCGGGUAAUUCAAUCAGUAUGCGAACAAACUUCCCAAUGAGACCACAGUGUGGCAUUUACUAUUAUGAGAUCCGUGUCUUGAAAAGAGGUCAAGAUGCACUUAUUGCUGUUGGUUUUUGUAGAUACAAUAAACUUGAUAAAUUACCUGGCUGUGAACAACAUUCGUAUGGUUACCAUGGGCAAAGUGGUCAACUAUUCAAACAAGGACACGCGAAUCCAUUUGGCCCUACAUUUACAUCACCUGAUAUCAUUGGCUGUGGACUGAAUUUUGCUACCAACUCUGCAUUUUUCACAAAGAAUGGCGUCUUACUUGGCGUUGCUGAAGACAUUGAUACUUCUGAAUUACUUUAUCCCUGCAUUGGUCUUAGCACUAAUGGCGAAAAGAUAACUGCCAACUUUGGUCAAGAACCUUUUGCAUUUGAUAUCGACCAAUUCGUAAAGGAACAACAAGCUAUUUCCAUUCAAUCUAUUCACACAGAAAAGCAACAAGCACCGAACGAAAAAUACAAGGUAGAUUCCAAAGCAGAUAUGGACCAACUCGUAUUAUCCUAUCUGCUCUACCAAGGCUAUACACAAACUGCAAAAUCACUCUUAAACAAUAUUGAGCACGUCAAACAAAAGACCUAUACCGACCAGUUUAAGUGUGGUACAGACGAAAACAACAGAACUGCUAUUCGAAAGUUGAUUCUUGCUGGGUCAGUUGAUUCCGCCAUCGAACAAACACGGACCAUGUACCCUGGUCUUCUUGAAGAGAAUGAUGAUUUAUUAUUUCAGCUCAAAACGCGUAAAUUUCUAGACAUAUUGAUUGACGGUACAUUUGCCCCAUGUUAUAGUAGCGAUACGGAUGACGAUACGAGUAGCUCCUAUUCUGGUAGAAGUCGUGCUCUCAGUGUCAGUAGUAGCUUUCAUGAGUUACAAAAUCAAGUACUCUAUGAAGAAAAAGAACAGACACAAAUACCUGUCAAAUCAACUACAUUAAAUCUUAUCGCUACUCCAUUAGCGCCAUUGCCUGUAGCCGCGUCGGGAAGACGCUUAAGCUGGGCUGCUAUUGCGGCUUCGCCAACUUCCACAAUCGACACCUGUGCAGUAGAAGAUAUGUUUAUAGCCACAGGAGGCAAACGAAAGUCAAUCACAGCAAAAAGACGCGAUAGUCAUAGCAGUAUCGAUGACAGCCACGAAGAAGAUAUGAAGAAAUUAUCAGUGAUCAGAAAAGCAAUGAGCUAUGGUCAUGAAUUGCAAGAAGAAUAUGGAUUGCAACCUAGGUAUCUCUCCAAAUUAAAUGAGCUUUUUGCGAUAUUGUCAUUUUCGGAUCCCAAAUCAUGCCCGUCAGCACAUUUAUUAGAGCCUUCUCUAAGGGAUACAACUGCCUCUGAACUGAACUCUGCGAUUAAAAUCUAUCAAGGUUGUUCCAAACAUUCUAAGCUCGAAUCGAUUUACAAACAAUCCAUGCUUACGACUAACGAGCUUGUUAUUUCUGGUCACGGUAAGGCAUCGUUGCUUCAUGUUCAAGAAUAUUUCAUGGGUGUGUGAGGUGAAGAGUGCGAGGGGGAGGAGAGCGGAAGGGUAUAUUUUCUUUUAUUUUUUCUUUUUCUUUUUAAUCGCUUUUUUCUUGAACAUUCAUCCCUUUGGGCCAUAACCCAUCUUCUUGCCAACCAGUAACAAGUAUGGGAAUGACGUGCUGUAAAGGAAUGGGUGUGCGAAAAGUCUCUCGUUGCAGCACCAGGUGUUUAUAAAUGGCAAUACGCUGACCCUCUUGUUCAACAAGACUUUUACAUUUCUCUGCAUUGACUUUUAAUUGCUCGGCAUUUGCCUUAUAAUCUUCAUUAGGCGUUAUCCAAGCUGCUCGUCUGGCCUCCCAGGCCUCUAACCCAAUGGUGGUAGUCAUUUACCGAGAAUUGAGA